AUGUCUCAAGACCCUAGCUCAAUUAAUGGUGGUAUUGUGGUUGCAAUGACCGGAAAGGAUUGCGUUGCAAUUGCAGGCGAUUUAAGAUUGGGUUCGCAAUCUCUCGGUGUUUCUAAUAAAUUUGAAAAAAUAUUCAAUUAUGGCCAUGUCUUUGCAGGUUUAACUGGGCUGGCUACCGAUGUUAUUACCUUACAUGAAUUGUUUCGUUCGAAAACAAAUCUAUACAAGCUAAAGGAAGAUCGACCAAUUGAGCCGGAAACAUUUACACAGCUGGUAUCAAGUACAUUAUAUGAGAGGAGAUUUGGUCCAUAUUUCGUUGCUCCAGUGGUUGCAGGUAUUAACAGUAAGACCAAAAAGCCAUAUAUCUCUGGUUUUGAUUCCAUUGGAUGUAUUGAAGAAUCUAAAGACUUCAUAGUUAGCGGUACUGCAUCCGAGCAGUUAUUUGGUAUGUGCGAGUCACUAUAUGAACCAGAUUUAGAGCCAGAAGAUCUAUUCGAGACCAUUUCCCAAGUCCUGCUAAACGCUGCUGACCGUGAUGCUUUGUCUGGUUGGGGUGGUGUGGUUUACAUAAUCCAGAAGGAUAAGGUUGUCAAAAGGUAUUUAAAGACCAGACAGGAUUAA